CGACCUCUUUAGCCCGGGGCGGUUUUUAUGUCAAACAUUAAUCUAGGAGGAGGAAUAAGGUUUUGAAACACAUGUUUUGAGCCUUUGGAGAGAGUGUCAUGGCGGAAGAGAAUCCCGGCGUUGACGAGGGACCUGGCCUUCUAGACGGAGAGUUUGCAGGGGAUCGUAAGGUGGAAGACCCUGAGCUGGAGGCGAUCAAAGCCAGGGUUUUUGAAAUGGAACAGGAGGCUGAGAAACUGAAGGAAGUGCAGUACCAGACUGAGAAACAGCUCAUCAUGAGCCCACAGACGAGUUUUUUCUAUCCAAUGACCCCUGAGGAGAAAACGGAUGCAGAUAACAGAUCAGUCUAUGUAGGAAAUGUGGACUAUGGUGCAACAGCAGAUGAGUUGGAAAUUCAUUUCAAUGGCUGUGGACCAGUUAAUCGUGUGACCAUCUUAUGUGACAAAUUCACCGGUCAUCCCAAAGGGUUUGCGUAUAUUGAGUUUUCAGAGAGGGAUUCGGUGAAGACUGCUAUGGCUCUCGAUGAGACAUUGUUCCGGGGUCGAGUUAUCAAGGUGCUCCCGAAGAGGACGAACAUGCCGGGGAUCAGCAGCAGUGACCGGGGUGGCCACCGGGGGGCGCGCUCCAGGGGACGGGGGUUCUGUUUCUCCAGGUACAACAGCGGCUUUCAGGCCAGGUACCGGGGGCGCUCCUCCAGGGGAGGUGGAAGAGCCCAGGCUUGGUAUUCUCCUUACUAAAAACGAAACUUCUGGAUGUGAAGAUAACAUGGCAACAAGUUUUUCUCUUUUUUUUUCCACCGUGUUUUGCAAUUUUCCAGGCUCCAAGAGCACCUUUAAGCAGCUGAUGGGCCUGAGUGCACAUGGCAUGUUAUCUAGGUGAGCAAGUGCCAAAACAUAAUCAGUUUCCAAAACCGCACUGCUCCAAAAAGCAACAAUCCAGAAGAAUCAUAAGCCAUUAUAUGUGGCUACAAGAUGCUUGUAUUUAUUUUAAGUUAGUACUGUGUAUUACAUAGUUAAUCUUUAUAAAAAUCCUUUUGCAGGUGUUAGGGGUAGGGGAGAAACCAUAUUCCAAAAUGGACUACUUGAUUUUUGCAUUGUUUUGAGUUGUGGUCUGUCCAUCUUGUUGUAUAUAAUACAUGUGAAAAAUUUACGUAACUAAUAAAAUAUUCACGAUUUAAUAUGAGUUGUACU